AUGGCGCAAGGAAUGUCCUUUACGGACAAGGCCACGCAGGCUCUGUCAGACGCACAAGACAUCGCACAGCAGCAUGCACACUCUCAAAUGCUGCCCAUACAUCUGGCGGUGGCCCUCAUCGAUCCACUACCAGACCCGUCGAAAGACCAACAGAACAACUCAGCACACGCAUCACACGCAGGGAGCUCGGCACCACUGUUCAAGCAGGUCAUUGAACGAGCACAUGGCGACCCACAACUGCUGGAACGAUCAUUGAACCGAGUACUAGUGCGAACACCCUCACAAGACCCUCCGCCGGAGAACGUCUCGGUCUCGCCUUCCUUCUCGAAGGUCCUGCGUAGCGCGAACGAGCUAUCCAAGACGCAGAAGGACUCAUACAUCGCAGUCGACCAUCUUAUCCAGACACUCGUGCAGGACGACACAAUCAAGAAGUGCCUCGCGGAAGCCAACGUACCGAACCCAAAGACGAUUCAAGAUGCAGUCCAGGCGAUUCGAGGCACCAAGCGAGUGGACAGCAAGACUGCAGAUGCCGAGGAGGAGCACGAGAACCUCAAGAAGUUUACCAUCGACAUGACGGCAAUGGCAAGAGAAGGCAAGAUUGAUCCUGUCAUUGGUCGAGAGGAAGAGAUUAGGAGAGUUAUCAGAAUUCUUUCAAGACGGACAAAGAACAACCCGGUCUUGAUUGGUGAACCUGGAGUCGGAAAGACGACUGUUGUCGAAGGUCUGGCACGGAGGAUUGUCGACGCAGAUGUGCCGGCGGGUCUUGCAGCAUGCAAGCUUCUCUCCCUCGAUGUUGGUGCCCUGGUCGCGGGCUCCAAGUAUCGGGGAGAGUUUGAGGAGCGCAUGAAGGGCGUCCUCAAGGAGAUUGAAGACAGCAAGGAGAUGAUCGUGCUCUUCGUUGACGAGAUCCACUUGCUCAUGGGCGCUGGUUCGUCAGGCGAAGGUGGAAUGGACGCAGCAAACUUGCUGAAGCCCAUGCUUGCACGUGGUCAACUUCACUGUAUCGGUGCCACAACUCUCGCCGAGUACAGGAAGUACAUCGAGAAGGACCAGGCCUUUGAGCGUCGUUUCCAGCAGGUCUUGGUCAAGGAGCCUUCGAUCCCAGAGACAAUCUCCAUCCUCCGUGGCCUCAAGGAGAAGUACGAAGUACACCACGGUGUCACCAUUCUCGAUGGUGCAAUCGUAUCAGCUGCGACACUUGCCGCACGCUACCUCACCCAACGACGACUACCCGACUCGGCUGUUGACUUGGUCGACGAAGCAGCUGCCGCAGUCCGAGUAGCACGUGAGUCGCAGCCCGAGGUUCUCGACAAUAUGGAACGCAAGCUUCGUCAGCUCGAGAUCGAGAUCCACGCCCUUGAUCGUGAAAAGGACGAAGCAUCACAGGCACGACUCCGCGAAGCUCGUGCAGAGAAGGCGAACAUCGAAGAGGAGCUCAAACCAAUGCGCGAGAAGUACGAAAGUGAAAAGGCCAGGUCGAAGGAAAUCCAAGAAGCGAAAAUCAAGCUCGACCAGCUCCGCAACAAACAGCUCGAAGCUGAACGUACACGCGACCUGCAGACUGCUUCUGAUCUGAAGUACUACGCCAUUCCCGAUGUCGAGCAUCGUAUCGAUGAGCUCGAGAGAGCAAAGGCUGUUGCGGACAAAGAAGAUGCAGCACGUCUUGCAGCUAGUGGCGAGCAUUCGUUGGUUGCAGACGCUGUUGGACCCGAUCAGAUCAACGAGAUUGUCGGUCGCUGGACGGGCAUCCCAGUCACGAGACUGAAGACAACAGAAAAAGAGAAGUUGCUGCAGAUGGAGAAGGUACUUGGCCACCAAGUCGUUGGUCAGAAGGAGGCCGUCACAGCUGUCGCCAAUUCGAUCAGAUUACAGCGUUCUGGCCUCGCCAACCCUGGCCAACCUCCGUCAUUCCUCUUCUGCGGUCCAUCAGGUACUGGUAAGACGCUGCUCACUAAGGCGCUUGCCGAGUUCCUGUUUGACGACCCCAAGUCGAUGAUCCGAUUCGACAUGUCCGAGUACCAAGAGCGACACUCGCUAUCACGCAUGAUUGGUGCUCCACCAGGAUACGUCGGUCACGAUGCUGGUGGUCAACUGACUGAGGCGCUUCGUCGGAAGCCUUUCAGUAUCUUGCUGUUCGACGAAGUUGAGAAAGCGGCCAAGGAAGUCUUGACCGUCUUGCUGCAACUUAUGGACGAUGGUCGCAUUACUGACGGACAAGGUCGUGUGAUUGACGCCAAGAACUGCAUCGUCGUCAUGACCUCCAACUUGGGAGCCGAGUACCUCGCCAGGCCAAAUGCGGCAGAUGGCCGGAUCGACCCUACGACAAAGGAGCUCGUGAUGCAGGCUCUGCGCAACUACUUUUUGCCCGAAUUCCUCAACCGCAUCUCCAGCAUCGUCAUCUUCAACCGACUCACGAAGAAGGAGAUCCGGAAGAUCGUGGACGUCAGGUUGGAUGAGAUCCAGAAGCGACUACAAGGCAAUGGCAGAAACGUUAAGAUUGUACUGUCGAAUGAGGUCAAAAAUUACCUUGGCGAAGCUGGAUACUCACCUGCAUAUGGUGCUCGACCAUUGCAACGACUCAUCGAGAAGGAGGUUCUCAACCGCCUGGCAGUGCUCAUCCUCAGAGGUUCCGUCAGGGAUGGUGAGAAUGCUCGCGUCGAGAUUGAGGAUGGCCACAUCGUUGUCCUUCCAAACCACGGCGAGAGCGACCUCGAAGACGAUGACGAGGAGAUGUGGGAUGAGGAGGAUGCAGUCGAGGAGCUCAAUGGUGACGGAGGCGACAUGGACCUUUAUGGCGAAUAA